AUGUGCGGUACACGUCGUGGAGAAGUGUCGGGCUCGACCAACAUCACCCACGGUCGUGAGGUCCUGCCCACCAACGUCAAGCCCCUUCACUAUGACUUGACUCUCGAGCCCAAAUUUGAGGCUUUUACCUAUGACGGAACCGUCGUCAUCGACCUCGAGGUCACCGAAGAUACCAAUUCCAUCUCCCUCAACUCCAACGAGAUCAAGAUCCACAAUGCCGUUGUUUCUGCCCAGGGCUCUGUCGUGGCCUCCCAGCCCGAGGUUUCCAUCAACCAAGACACCCAGGUGGCCACCGUCAAGUUCUCCGAGACGAUCCCUGCUGGCUCCUCGGCUCAGCUGAAGCUGACCUUCACCGGCGAGCUCAACGAUAACAUGGCCGGUUUCUACCGCUCCUCAUACAAGACCUCCGAGGGUGAAACCAAGUACAUUGCUACAACUCAGAUGGAACCUACCGAUGCUCGUCGGGCCUUCCCCUGCUUUGACGAGCCCGCUCUCAAGGCCAAGUUCACCAUUACUCUGGUUGCUGACAAGAGCAUGGCCUGCUUGAGCAACAUGGACGUUGCUUCCGAGACCGAGGUUGACGGCGGUAAGAAGGCGGUCAAGUUCAACACCUCUCCCCUUAUGUCCACAUACCUCGUGGCUUUCAUUGUCGGUCACCUGAACUACAUCGAGACCAAUGCCUUCCGCAUCCCUAUCCGCGUCUAUGCCACCCCCGAUCAGGACAUUGAGCACGGUCGCUUCUCGCUUGACCUGGCUGCUCGCACCCUGGCCUUCUAUGAGAAGGCCUUCGACAGCGAAUUCCCCCUGCCUAAGAUGGACAUGGUGGCUGUUCCUGACUUUAGUGCUGGUGCUAUGGAGAACUGGGGUCUGAUCACCUACCGUAUUGUCGAUGUUCUAUUGGAUGAGAAGACGAGCGGUGCUGCCCGCAAGGAGCGCAUCGCGGAGACCGUUCAGCACGAGCUGGCUCACCAGUGGUUCGGAAACUUGGUCACCAUGGACUUUUGGGAUGGUCUCUGGCUCAACGAGGGCUUUGCCACUUGGAUGUCCUGGUAUUCCUGCAACGCCUUCUAUCCCGAGUGGAAGGUCUGGCAGACUUACGUCAUUGACAACCUGCAGAGCGCCCUUUCCUUGGACUCGCUCCGUAGCAGUCACCCCAUUGAGGUGCCUGUGAAGCGUGCCGACGAGAUCAACCAGAUCUUCGAUGCCAUCUCUUACUCCAAGGGCUCGUCCGUUCUGCGCAUGAUUUCCAAGUACAUGGGUGAGGACGUGUUCCUGCAGGGUGUCCGUAACUACAUCAAGAAGCACGCUUAUGGCAACACCCAGACGGGUGACCUGUGGGCCGCUCUCGCCGAUGCUAGUGGCAAGCCCGUUGAGCAGGUCAUGGAUAUCUGGACCAAGAACGUGGGAUUCCCCGUUGUCACUGUCUCUGAGGAUGAAAAGACCUCAUCCAUCAAGGUUAAGCAAAACCGCUUCCUGCGUACGGGCGAUGUCCGCCCCGAGGAGGAUACCACCCUCUACCCAGUCAUCCUGGGUCUGCGGACCAAGCAGGGUCUCGAUGAAGACACCAUGCUGAGCGAGCGGGAGGGCGAAUUCAAGGUUCCUGAUUUGGACUUCUUCAAGCUCAACGCCGAUCACUCUGCCAUCUAUCGCACCUCCUACACUCCCGAGCGUCUCACCAAGCUGGGUCAGGCUGCUAAGAACGGCCUCCUCACCGUUGAAGACCGUGCUGGUAUGAUCGCCGACGCGGGUGCUCUCGCGGCGUCUGGCUUCCAGAGCACUUCCGGACUUUUGUCUCUUCUGAAGGGAUUUGACAGCGAGUCGGAAUUCGUUGUGUGGAACGAAAUCCUGACCCGUAUCGGUGCUCUCCGGGCCGCUUGGUUGUUUGAGGAUGCUCCCAGCAAGGAUGCCCUGAAGGCUUUCCAGCGGUCUUUGGUCAGCGAGAAGGCCCAUGAGCUUGGAUGGGACUUCUCCGACAAGGAUGGACACAUCCUGCAGCAGUUCAAGGCUUUGAUGUUCGGCAGUGCCGGCUCGGCUGAGGAUCCGGUCGUCGUCAAGGCGGCCCACGAUAUGUUCGAGCGGUUCGCGGCCGGUGAUGCCAAUGCCAUCCACCCCAACAUCCGCGGCAGUGUGUUCAGCAUCGUGCUGAAGAAGGGCGGUGAGAAGGAGUACAACAUUGUCUUGGACCGGUUCCGCAACGCCCCGACGUCGGAUGAGAAGACCACCGCCCUCCGCUGCUUGGGUGCCGCCGAGGAUCCCGCUCUGAUCAAGCGGACCCUGGAGCUGGCCAGUGGCGACGAGGUCAAGAACCAGGACAUCUACAUGCCCCUGAGCGGCCUGCGCAGCCACACCAAUGGUAUCGAGGCCCGCUGGACCUGGUUGACCAACAACUGGGAUGCCAUCUUCAAGCGCCUGCCCCCAUCUCUGGGCAUGCUGGGCACUGUCAUCCAGCUCAGCACCGCCAGCUUCUGCACGGAGGCCCAGCUGAAGGAGGUCGAGGCCUUCUUCAAGAGCAAGGACACCAAGGGAUUCGACCGUGCCGUCGAGCAGAGUCUGGAUGCCAUCCGUGCCAAGGUCAACUGGGUCAACCGUGACCGCGCCGACGUUGGAUCCUGGUUGAAGACCAACGGCUAUUCCCAGGGCGGCAAGCUAUAA